AGAUCUCUUUCCCGUCAAGCCAUGCGUUAUUAUUUCCUUAUUCUCCUAAUCAUAUCAACCAUCCUUAUCACUUUAACCGUAACCGCGCCAGACAGAAAAUCCAAAAACUCGGAAAAAUCCGACGACGAAGAAUUAUCAAAUCUUCAAAUUCAAGUCAAUGCUCCAGAUGGAAAGGGUUUUGUGCAUUCAGCGCUGCCAAUUGAAGCCCGAGCUCACGGAGCCCGUUUGCACGGUGGACAAUCGAAACCAAGUAUUGGAGAUGAUGUACUAAUUCCAUUUGAUGAUCCAAAUUUUGAAUAGAAAAUGCAUAAUAAAUUGACUACAAACUA